AUGCAUUUCCCCAGCCCAAUCACCCUGUCCACACUGCAAGGGGACUGCACAACGCUGCCUAUACUGAUGCAGCAGCUGAGCUGCAUAGCAUGGCUCACAGGAAUUCAAGCAUGGCUCACAGGAAUUCAAGCAUGGCUUACAGGAAUUCAAGCAUGGCUCACAGGAAUUCAAGCAUGGCUCACAGGAAUUCAAGCAUGGCUCACAGGAAUUCAAGCAUGGCUCACAGGAAUUCAAGCAUGGCUCACAGGAAUUCAAGCAUGGCUCACAGGAAUUCAAGCAUGGCUUACAGGAAUUCAAGCAUGGCUCACAGUAAUUCAAGCAUGGCUCACAGGAAUUCAAGCAUGGCUCACAGGAAUUCAAGCAUGGCUCACAGGAAUUCAAGCAUGGCUCACAGGAAUUCAAGCAUGGCUCACAGGAAUUCAAGCAUGGCUCACAGGAAUUCAAGCAUGGCUCACAGGAAUUCAAGCAUGGCUCACAGGAAUUCAAGCAUGGCUCACAGGAAUUCAAGCAUGGCUCACAGGAAUUCAAGCAUGGCUCACAGGAAUUCAAGCAUGGCUCACAGGAAUUCAAGCAUGGCUCACAGGAAUUCAAGCAUGGCUCACAGGAAUUCAAGCAUGGCUCACAGGAAUUCAAGCAUGGCUCACAGGAAUUCAAGCAUGGCUCACAGGAAUUCAAGCAUGGCUCACAGGAAUUCAAGCAUGGCUCACAGGAAUUCAAGCAUGGCUCACAGGAAUUCAAGCAUGGCUCACAGGAAUUCAAGCAUGGCUCACAGGAAUUCAAGCAUGGCUCACAGGAAUUCAAGCAUGGCUCACAGGAAUUCAAGCAUGGCUCACAGGAAUUCAAGCAUGGCUCACAGGAAUUCAAGCAUGGCUCACAGGAAUCCAAGCAUGGCUCACAGGAAUCCAAGCAUGGCUCACAGGAAUUCAAGCAUGGCUCACAGGAAUUCAAGCAUGGCUCACAGGAAUUCAAGCAUGGCUCACAGGAAUUCAAGCAUGGCUCACAGGAAUUCAAGCAUGGCUCACAGGAAUUCAAGCAUGGCUCACAGGAAUUCAAGCAUGGCUCACAGGAAUUCAAGCAUGGCUCACAGGAAUUCAAGCAUGGCUCACAGGAAUUCAAGCAUGGCUCACAGGAAUUCAAGCAUGGCUCACAGGAAUUCAAGCAUGGCUCACAGGAAUUCAAGCAUGGCUCACAGGAAUUCAAGCAUGGCUCACAGGAAUUCAAGCAUGGCUCACAGGAAUUCAAGCAUGGCUCACAGGAAUUCUAGCAUGGCUCACAGGAAUUCAAGCAUGGCUCACAGGAAUUCAAGCAUGGCUCACAGGAAUUCAAGCAUGGCUCACAGGAAUUCAAGCAUGGCUCACAGGAAUUCAAGCAUGGCUCACAGGAAUUCAAGCAUGGCUCACAGGAAUUCAAGCAUGGCUCACAGGAAUUCUAGCAUGGCUCACAGGAAUUCAAGCAUGGCUCACAGGAAUUCAAGCAUGGCUCACAGGAAUUCAAGCAUGGCUCACAGGAAUUCAAGCAUGGCUCACAGGAAUUCAAGCAUGGCUCACAGGAAUUCAAGCAUGGCUCACAGGAAUUCAAGCAUGGCUCACAGGAAUUCAAGCAUGGCUCACAGGAAUUCAAGCAUGGCUCACAGGAAUUCAAGCAUGGCUCACAGGAAUUCAAGCAUGGCUCACAGGAAUUCAAGCAUGGCUCACAGGAAUUCAAGCAUGGCUCACAGGAAUUCAAGCAUGGCUCACAGGAAUUCAAGCAUGGCUCACAGGAAUUCAAGCAUGGCUCACAGGAAUUCAAGCAUGGCUCACAGGAAUUCAAGCAUGGCUCACAGGAAUUCAAGCAUGGCUCACAGGAAUUCAAGCAUGGCUCACAGGAAUUCAAGCAUGGCUCACAGGAAUUCAAGCAUGGCUCACAGGAAUUCAAGCAUGGCUCACAGGAAUUCAAGCAUGGCUCACAGGAAUUCAAGCAUGGCUCACAGGAAUUCAAGCAUGGCUCACAGGAAUUCAAGCAUGGCUCACAGGAAUUCAAGCAUGGCUCACAGGAAUUCAAGCAUGGCUCACAGGAAUUCAAGCAUGGCUCACAGGAAUUCAAGCAUGGCUCACAGGAAUUCAAGCAUGGCUCACAGGAAUUCAAGCAUGGCUCACAGGAAUUCAAGCAUGGCUCACAGGAAUUCAAGCAUGGCUCACAGGAAUUCAAGCAUGGCUCACAGGAAUUCAAGCAUGGCUCACAGGAAUUCAAGCAUGGCUCACAGGAAUUCAAGCAUGGCUCACAGGAAUUCAAGCAUGGCUCACAGGAAUUCAAGCAUGGCUCACAGGAAUUCAAGCAUGGCUCACAGGAAUUCAAGCAUGGCUCACAGGAAUUCAAGCAUGGCUCACAGGAAUUCAAGCAUGGCUCACAGGAAUUCAAGCAUGGCUCACAGGAAUUCAAGCAUGGCUCACAGGAAUUCAAGCAUGGCUCACAGGAAUUCAAGCAUGGCUCACAGGAAUUCAAGCAUGGCUCACAGGAAUUCAAGCAUGGCUCACAGGAAUUCAAGCAUGGCUCACAGGAAUUCAAGCAUGGCUCACAGGAAUUCAAGCAUGGCUCACAGGAAUUCAAGCAUGGCUCACAGGAAUUCAAGCAUGGCUCACAGGAAUUCAAGCAUGGCUCACAGGAAUUCAAGCAUGGCUCACAGGAAUUCAAGCAUGGCUCACAGGAAUUCAAGCAUGGCUCACAGGAAUUCAAGCAUGGCUCACAGGAAUUCAAGCAUGGCUCACAGGAAUUCAAGCAUGGCUCACAGGAAUUCAAGCAUGGCUCACAGGAAUUCAAGCAUGGCUCACAGGAAUUCAAGCAUGGCUCACAGGAAUUCAAGCAUGGCUCACAGGAAUUCAAGCAUGGCUCACAGGAAUUCAAGCAUGGCUCACAGGAAUUCAAGCAUGGCUCACAGGAAUUCAAGCAUGGCUCACAGGAAUUCAAGCAUGGCUCACAGGAAUUCAAGCAUGGCUCACAGGAAUUCAAGCAUGGCUCACAGGAAUUCAAGCAUGGCUCACAGGAAUUCAAGCAUGGCUCACAGGAAUUCAAGCAUGGCUCACAGGAAUUCAAGCAUGGCUCACAGGAAUUCAAGCAUGGCUCACAGGAAUUCAAGCAUGGCUCACAGGAAUUCAAGCAUGGCUCACAGGAAUUCAAGCAUGGCUCACAGGAAUUCAAGCAUGGCUCACAGGAAUUCAAGCAUGGCUCACAGGAAUUCAAGCAUGGCUCACAGGAAUUCAAGCAUGGCUCACAGGAAUUCAAGCAUGGCUCACAGGAAUUCAAGCAUGGCUCACAGGAAUUCAAGCAUGGCUCACAGGAAUUCAAGCAUGGCUCACAGUAAUUCAAGCAUGGCUCACAGGAAUUCAAGCAUGGCUCACAGGAAUUCAAGCAUGGCUCACAGGAAUUCAAGCAUGGCUCACAGGAAUUCAAGCAUGGCUCACAGGAAUUCAAGCAUGGCUCACAGGAAUUCAAGCAUGGCUCACAGGAAUUCAAGCAUGGCUCACAGGAAUUCAAGCAUGGCUCACAGGAAUUCAAGCAUGGCUUACAGGAAUUCAAGCAUGGCUCACAGGAAUUCAAGCAUGGCUCACAGGAAUUCAAGCAUGGCUCACAGGAAUUCAAGCAUGGCUCACAGGAAUUCAAGCAUGGCUCACAGGAAUUCAAGCAUGGCUCACAGGAAUUCAAGCAUGGCUCACAGGAAUUCAAGCAUGGCUCACAGGAAUUCAAGCAUGGCUCACAGGAAUUCAAGCAUGGCUCACAGGAAUUCAAGCAUGGCUCACAGGAAUUCAAGCAUGGCUCACAGGAAUUCAAGCAUGGCUCACAGGAAUUCAAGCAUGGCUCACAGGAAUUCAAGCAUGGCUCACAGGAAUUCAAGCAUGGCUCACAGGAAUUCAAGCAUGGCUCACAGGAAUUCAAGCAUGGCUCACAGGAAUUCAAGCAUGGCUCACAGGAAUUCAAGCAUGGCUCACAGGAAUUCAAGCAUGGCUCACAGGAAUUCAAGCAUGGCUCACAGGAAUUCAAGCAUGGCUCACAGGAAUUCAAGCAUGGCUCACAGGAAUUCAAGCAUGGCUCACAGGAAUUCAAGCAUGGCUCACAGGAAUUCAAGCAUGGCUCACAGGAAUUCAAGCAUGGCUCACAGGAAUUCAAGCAUGGCUCACAGGAAUUCAAGCAUGGCUCACAGGAAUUCAAGCAUGGCUCACAGGAAUUCAAGCAUGGCUCACAGGAAUUCAAGCAUGGCUUACAGGAAUUCAAGCAUGGCUCACAGGAAUUCAAGAAUGGAAGAUGGAAGCAGUGCAACGGGGGGGGUGGGGUGGGGAAGAGGGAAGGGAAGAGUGGGGUUGA